AGUUGCCCGUGUGGCCGUGUCCCAACGACAAUGCGCCGGCGUACGGCCCAGGUGUUCCAGCUACACCGAUCCCCCCACAAAUCUUGACGCCGGCCAAGUCCCCGGCCGCCACGCCGCGCGCGGUCGCCGACACCCGGGGAGGAAGGGAAAAGAAGCCGUGGAGGUGCAGCCCCCACACGAACACGACGCACCGGAGUUUUGGUAACCCGAACAUUCUGGCGUCUCCACGGUCCACCACCACACCAAAGCCAACACGACCAGCCCCCUGCUCUGUCUCCCUUCACCCCGCGGACAUCACUUCACGAGCUCUCUCUCGGUCUCUCCUCCUGUGUUUCCUCUGCUCCCUGAGAAUCUGCCCCGCCUGCCGGGCCGGGCCGCCUCUAGGGUUUUCCCGCCGAUCUCUCGCUCGCUUCCGGCUCCGCGAGACAGCCCCGUCCGAUCGAAAUGGUGGAGGUGGAGGAGGUCGGGAACAAGAUGCAGUCGCAGAUGCGCCUCCACGCGGCGGCGGCGGAGGACGACGACGCCGACCUCCCGCUCCCCGCCCUCUUCGACAGGGCGUCGCGGCUCCACGGCCUCGCCUCCAGCUCUGCCCUCGACCAGGAAGGGAUCCGGAAGGGGGUAGAGCUGCUGCGGCGCUGCGACGAGAUGGUCAGCAAGCUUGGCCUUUUCUCCCCCAACGAGACCAAGGAAGACGUUUCCACCGCCAACCUCAAAUACCUGCUCGUCCCAUACUAUCUCGCAGAAAUGACUGAGAAGGUUGCACAGGAAGAUCGGAUUCCGAUUCUUAAGUCAUCACAGAACCAUUUGAAGGAGUUCAUUGCUCUAUGUGAAGUACUAGAGCUUAUUCCACAGGAUGAGCUUGAAUUAUCUAGACAGAAGCAGCAUGAUACUAUAGCAAACAGAAGAGCGCAGAAGAUUGCCCGGUUCAAACGUCAAAAAGCUGCAGAAACUAAGCUUCAAGAGAUUAAAGAGAGAAAAGAAAGGCGUGGGCGUUCAUUGAGGGCAGCUGCUUUAUCUGCUCCUGUUGAAGCUGGGGAGGAAGAUGCCUUUGAGGAUGAUGGGGAAGAAGAAAGAGAGGCUUGGUUAGCUACUAUCUCAUUGGCUCUCUGCAAGGCCUUUGAUCUUCUCGACAUGCUAAAGAAGGAAGAAGAAAUGCUUCUAGCUGUAAAGGAAAGAAAGGAAAAGGACGGGAAUGCAUUUGCUCGUGAAAUGCUUGAUGAACGUACACAAAAAGCUGAAGCAUGGCACCAUAAUGCUGCAAACCGUGCACCAUAUUCCAAACCAGCUGAUCCAAUCACUUGCGCAACAUUUGCUCAAGACGUCCUUGAAGGUAGAGCAAGUGUUUCACAAGCUCAUGAGCACAAACACCAACCCAUGAUAUUUGGACCUGCAAGCCUUGUUGGUGGAGGACUGACCAGUGAAAGGGAAAGAAUGGCAGCACAAGUUUUUCAGCCUGGUUACAGGCUGCCAACAAUGAGCAUAGAAGAAGCUGGUUUGCGCGAAAUGAAAAUGAUGGAGAAAUGGCAAGAAAGGACUGCAAAUAUGAUCAAAGAAGCAAACUCGGCGUGGCACAAGGACGGCACUAGCUCAGCCCAAGAGGAUGAGGAUGCCGAGGAGGCCAAAGCAAGAGCAUGGGACGACUGGAAGGAUGACAACCCUCGUGGUGCAGGCAACAAGAAGCUCACUCCCUGCGGCUAAACUGCUUGCAUUUACUGAAAUUCCCCCUUGUGACGAAUGUUUGUGUAGAUUAUAGAAUGUUUGAUUUUACUAAUGUCCCAGCUAUGCCUUUUCAGUAACGUUCUGUCUCUAUAAUACGAUUCCAUUGAUGUGCAAGUCAGUAAGUGCAUGGUUCCUUUUGCUUGA